AUGAAGACAUUAGAGGGAAUAGAUGGAGGUGUAGAAGCUAGAGGUGGUGGCGCAUACAUCAAAUCUUCACUGUCCAGAGUCCGCCGCGGUUGGAAUGGUCCUGGUGGCUACGGCGCUUGUGGCUAUGGUGCUGUUUAUUGUGGAGGUCCUGGUGGUUACAAUCAGGCCCAAUUAAAUAAAGAUGAACAUCAAAUUCGUCCUAAAUCUGGUCUAAGACAUGAGGAUGUUCGUGGGAAUUUGCUGCCAUCAGAGGGAAUCGACGCAGGUGGAGAAGUUGGAGGCGAUCUCACAUCUUCACAAUUGAGAGUCCGACGUGACUAUGUUGGUCCUGGAAGUUACGGAGGCAAUGGUGACUAUGGCGCAGGUGGUUAUGGAGCCCAUGGAGCAGGCGGCUAUGCCGCCUGGGGCCCUGGACUAAUUCCCUCGGGAUUUCGUCGCGGUAAGGUCCCAAUGUUCCCACCGAUACUAGCAUCAGGGGGAAUAGAUGCAGGUAAAAGCGGCGGGAAAACUGACGGUGUUGCUCUAGUACACCUCACAUCUUCACACCCUAAAAUCCGCCGUGACUAUAGCCGUGGAGACGCUGGCGAUUAUAGAGACUAUGGCGGCUAUGCUGGUGGCGAUGGUGCAUACCUCACAUCUCCAAACUCCAGAAUCCGUCGUGACUAUGGAGGUAGAGGCGCUGUCAAUUUUAGAGACUAUGGCGGCUAUGCUGGUGGAGAUGAUGCAUACCUCGCUCCUCCAAACUCCAGAGUCCGUCGUGACUAUGGCGAUGCUGGCGAUUAUGGAGACCAUGUUGGCUAUGCUGGUGGAGCUGGUGCAUACCUCGCUCCUCUAAACUCCAGAAUCCGUCGUGACUAUGAAGGUGGAGGCGAUUAUGGAGACUAUGCUGGUGGAGAUGGUGCAUACCUCGCUCCUCUAAACUCCAGAAUCCGUCGUGACUAUGGCGGUGGACACGCUGGCGAUUAUAGAGACUAUGGUAACUAUGCUGGUAGCGAUGAUGCAUAUCUUGCAUCUUCAAACUCCAAGUUCCGUCGUAACUAUGGCGAUGCUGGCGAUUAUAGAGACUAUGGCGGCUAUGCUGGUGGAGAUGGUGCAGACCUCGCACCUCCAAACUCCAGAGUCCGUCAUGACUAUGAAGGUGGAGGCGCUGGCGAUUUUAGAGACUAUGGCGACUAUGCUGGUGGCGAUAGAGCAUACCUCGCACCUCCAAACUCCAGAGUCCGUCGUGACUAUGGCGAUGCUGGCGAUUAUGGAGACUAUGCUGGUGGAGAUGGUACAUACCUCGCUCCUCUAAACUCCAGAAUCCGUCGUGACUAUGGCGGUGGACACGCUGGCGAUUAUAGGGACUAUGGUAACUAUGCUGGUGGCGAUGGUGCAUACCUCGCAUCUUCAAACUCCAGAGUUCGUCGUGACUAUGGCAGUGAACAAGCUGGUGAUUAUAGGGACUAUGGUAACUAUGCUGAUGCAUACCUUGCAUCUUCAAACUCCAGAGUUCGUCGUGACUAUGGCGGUGGAGACGCUGGCGAUUAUAGAGACUAUGGCGGCUAUGCUGGUGGUGAUGGUGCACACCUCGCAUCAUCAAACUCCAGAGUCCGCCGUAACUAUGGCGAUGCUGGCGAUUAUGGAGCUGCUGGUGGUGAAAGUGCUGGUGCAUCUUCGCACUCCAGGGUCCGCCGUGACUGGAAUGGUCCUGGUGGUUACGGCGCUUGCGGCUAUGGUGCUGCUUAUUGUGGAGGCCCUGGUGGUGCCGGCGGUUAUGGUGAAUAUGCUGGUGGUGCUGCAGGCAACGGGGGCUAUGGCGAUUAUUCCGAAGGUUAUCAGUUUCCGGGUAAUGUCCAUACACGGCCACCCUGGAUGUGGGGCUAG